AAUUAUUGAUUAUGAUUUUAAAUAAUGUUCAAUCAACUCGUUCAACUCAAGACAUAUAUUCAUCAUUAUUAGUCAAUCGAUUCUGGUGUAAAGUUACAAUACCUAUACUUUGGAAAUUACCUUUGGGUCAAGAUUAUAUUUUGAAAAAAGAAUUAUGUAUUCGAACUUAUAUAUCAUGUAUGAAUACUCAAGCUAGAACUUUACUUAUUCAAAAUGGAUUUGAUUUAUCAUCAUCACCGCCUCAAGCUACUUUUAAUUAUCCAUCAUUCACUCAUAAAUUUAUAGUUAAUAAUUUAGAUUAUUUUAUUUUCAAGUAUUCACAACAAAUUAUUGGUGUCCCAAAAGUAUUUAAGAAGUUAGAAACGUUUGUUUCGGCGAUAAGUGAUGAACUGUUGAGACCAUUAUAUGAAUCAUUAGCAUUAAUUUGUGAUAAUAUUUUAAAUAUGGAAUUGAAUUUUAAUUCGAAUUCAUAUUAUCAACUGCAAUAUUUAGCAAGAUUUAUUGGUGAUCAAAAACGUUUAGAAAAUCUAUCAAUUGUUUCUAAUUUUCACUUAGAUUGUAAUUCAUUAUUAUGGGUCAUUGGUCAAAAAGAAACAUUAAAGAGUCUUCGUUUAAAUUCAGUAAAUUUUAGUCAUUUCAAGGGAAGAUCAUCACCAAUUGGACAAUUUAUUUCGCUUCAAGAACUUUAUAUUAAUAAUUGUUAUGGAUUGCAUAAACCGAAUAGUUUUUUUUUUGCUUCAUCGUUUACUCAAUUAAGUAAUUUUCAUUUUCAUACACAUAAUGAAUAUGAGUGGCCUCAAAAAUUUAUUAUAAAAAUUCUUGAAACGGCCAAUACGAGUUUAAGAAAUAUUUGUCUAGAUUUAUAUCCCCAAAUUGGAUUUAAUACAUUUUCAGCAAUUUUAAAUUAUUGUACAAAUAUUACUGAAUUAACUUUAAAGAAUUUAAGUCCUGAUCAAGUAAUAGAAAUAUUUAUUAAUUUUGGUGAAUUAAGGAGAUUUUCAUUUUGUUGUGAAAAAGGAUUGGAUGCUAAUAAAUUAUUAUGUCUAAUGGUCUCAAAUGUACCAAAAUCACUUGAAACUAUUGAAAUUAGAAUAGGGAUAUUUAGCGCUGAUAGUUUAAGAAAAUUUUUUCAAGGGUGGU